AUGCAUAGAUAUUUCACAUCAUCAUCAUCAUCAUCAUCAUCAUCACUAGUCUUAAUUAUUCUGAUAAUUCUGUUGAUCAAUAUUGAUCAACAUUUGUCAUUAUCAGCAACAACAACAACAACAACAACAAAUAUCGAUCAUGAUGUGAUUAGUCGAUGUCAACAGGAUUGUCCACAUCGUAUGAACGUACAAGAUGAAUUGGAUAUUGCCUGUAAUUCUUCAUGUAAAAUACGAUUGUGCAAAAAUGGUUGUCACUAUUGGCAUCUAUCACCAUCGGCUUGUUUUCAAGUUUGCCGCGGUGGCGGCGGUGGCGGCGGUGGCGGCAGCAGUGGUGGUGGCGUUGAUUAUUAUAAUGAAAAUAAAAAUAGAUGGCAAGUAUCACAACAACUGCAACAACAACAACGACAACAAUCAUCGAUUAUGAUUGAAAAUGGGUUUGGCGAUCAAGACAAUUAUUGUGCACUUGGUUGUAAUCAUGCACAUACAGUUUAUAUUGAUCAUAUUAAACUUUUACUUGAAACAAAUGGUUCAUUACGUCCACCACGUUUAGUAAUGAAUUCAUUAACAAAUGAUUCAUUACGUAUAGAAUGGAAUUCAUUACAGGAAUCAAUACGUUCACAAGUGAAUAUUAGUUAUCGUGUACAAUGGAAAUAUCAGAAUCUACCAUCACAAUGGAUGUAUAUUGGUGUUGCCGGUAUUCGUUCAUUUAUAGACAAUACCGGUAGUAAUAAUAAUCAUAAUGGUGAUCGAACAAAUAUUUUACAUAUAAAUGGAUUGAAUGCCUAUACAAGCUAUCUAUUUCGUAUUGAAUGGAUAAUAGCAUCAUCAUUACAUGGAUCAAUUGUAUCGGAAUCAAGUGAACCAUUCACUACAUUACCAUAUGGUGUACCUAAAAGUGCCUGUAUUAUAGUUAGCUGUAUGGCAAUAUCAUCGAAUCAGAUAUCGAUUAAUUGGCGUGCACCAGCAUUUCCAAAUGGUCCAAUUAUUGCUUAUAGUUUAUAUCUUUAUAAUGAAAAUAAUGGCCAUCGUACUGUGAAAGAUAUCCAUACACAUUGGGAUCCAUUUAGAACAAGUAAUCUAGCCAUUCAUAGUUAUGUUUUUAAUGAUUUACAAAGUGGUACCAAUUAUACUAUAUCGAUUGUUACACAUAAUAAUUUUGGUGAAGGUAUACGAUGUUGGCGACAAAUUUCAACACCAGAACAUCAAUCAAAUAAAAAUAACAAUGAUGAUGGUGUUGAUGAUGAAUUGGAUAUGAAUGAAAAUAUGCAUUAUAAAUUAUAUCUUGCAUCCACUAAAUCAGUUGCAAGAAGAAAUGUAGAUUUUUUACUUGAUGAAGAAAUUCUUUAUCAUUUAACUGAUUAUGUUGAAAAUGGUGACAUUACCGGUAUGGCUGUUCAUGUUAAUCGUCGAUAUUUAUUUGUUGCCGAUUCAUCUGGUACCAUACGACGAAUAUGGCUAAAAGAGAAUUCUAUUAAUCAAGUUUUACGCAUUAUCAAUGGAAGUAAUCAGCCUAGUCAUCUAUCCAUUGAUUGGCUGAAUGAUCGUUUGUAUUGGCUUGAAGAACCUGCAAAUCGUGUAAUGAGAUCUAAUCUAGAUGGUGAAAAUGUUGAAUCAAUUUACAUAAGUUCAUUUCAACCUAAUCAAAAACCAAUCGAUUUCAAAGUUGAUCCUUAUAAUGGAUAUUUAUUCUGGAUUCAAUCCAAUAUGUUCAAUCGUACAGCCAUAUAUAGAUUAGAUCUAUAUCAUUUAAAUGGCUCGAUUCGAUCUGGUAGUAGUAAUAGUAAUGCAUUGCGAUCAAAAAUUGAACUCAUCUAUCAAAGUGAUUCGUGGAUCUCAACAUUCGCUAUCAAUUAUCUAAAUUAUAGGCUACUAUUUCCAAUGACCCAUACGGCUUCCAUUCAUUCUUUAACGAUCGAUGGUAAUGAUGAGACAACAAUUCGUGAUAAUGCCGUUAUUGCCGGUGCUAAUCGUAUGGAUAUUAGUCCAUUCGCUGGUAUGGAUAAUAUGGUCAUCUAUAAUCAACGAUUAUAUUUUAGUCGAGCAGAAAAUAUUACUUGGGAAGAAUAUCAUAUGGAUGAACAAAUGUAUUAUCAUAAUACCUAUACUACUGAAUCACAAUUAAUAUCAUUAGCUAUUAUGGAUCAACAAAGUCAACCGAUUCCAGUGCCUUUAACACCUGUUGAAGCUGUGGAAGCAGUAUUUCUUGAUACAUCUGCAAGAAUUAGUUGGCAAAAACCAGCAUUAUUUGGUACAAGUGGACGUGGUGCAUGGCAACAAUGGCGAUAUGAAGUAGCUAUUCAAGAAUCAGAUAAUCCACAAGUGGUUCACACAGCAAAAGUUAAUAAUAUAACACAAUGUGAUGCUGUUGAAUUACAACCAGAUACUGGAUAUGAAAUACGUGUACGGGCAUUUACAUCGGCUGGAAAUGGUGCAUGGUCAAAUAAAUUUGUUGGACGUACAUUACCAUCAAUGGAAUCGAUGACAAAUAGACCAUAUGCUUUGAUUGCAACUAAAGAUCGUUUAUUAAUACGUACUGAAUUGGAUGGUAAAUUCAAACAACAAUUAUUGCCUAAAUCAAAAUUGGAUACAUUAGGUGUUAACAAUAUUACUGGUGUUCAUGUCUAUAAAGAUUCUGUUGUUCUAAACACUGAUCAACAUAUUUUGCAUUAUGGAAGUCUUACUGUUGAACAUUCAAGUCUAAAUGUUGUUGUCAACAAAAGUAAUGCACAUUCAAUUGCUGUUGAAUGGAUGGCACCAAAAAUUUAUUGGUCAAAUCCAUUAGAACGAAUGAUUUGUCGCUGUAAUAUGGAUGGAUCUCAGAUUGAAAUAUUGCCGAUAAUAAGCUAUGCACAAGAGCUAGCAAUCGAUUCGAUCAAUGGAUUUUUGUAUUGGUCAACAUCAUCCAGUCUUCGUAUAGCUCGAUUAAAUGGAAUGAAAAAUUCGCAACGAUUAUUGCUUCGUACACAGCAGAUAAAAAGUUUUUCAAUCGAUCAAAAAAAUGGUAAAUUAUAUUGGACUACAGUUCGAUCAUUGGAUAGUGCUGAAACAGUUGAAAGUGAUGAAAAUAUUCUGGAUCAAGAUGAAAACAUUGUGAUGGUUUUAAAUCAAAUUGAUUUAUUCGAAACGUUGGAUCAAAUACAUGAGAUUGAUUCGGAUUCUAAUCGAAUACAUUCAAUUCGAUUAGCACGACGACAAUCGAAUAAUUUAAUCGGACCAAUAUCUUCAUUUGCUAGAAGAUUUUGGUGGCUGAAUAUUGAACAAAAUCGAAUGGUUGUUAGUGAUGAUCAUGGACAAACAUUUGCCACUAUACGUCAGAUUAAUGGUGAGAUUAGUACAUUUCAAAUUGUUACCGAAAAUGAUCAUCAUCAUCAAGAUCGUCGUUAUGAAAUUGUUGUUGUACCAAAACCAGUGGAUGAAAAUUCGAUAAAAAUUCAAGGAACAUGGGAAAAUUUUACCAUUAAAUGGGAUCCAGUAACAAACAUAAAUUAUGGUCAAGUAUUUUAUGAUUUGUCAUUAGAAAAUGAUAAUGUUAAAGUCAUUUCAAAACAAUCAAAAACUGCUAAUAACAAUUUGAAUCAUUUUAUUCUGAAUCAAACUGAAUUCAUAUUACCAGAACAUUUGAAACCAUCAAAACCGUAUGCAAAAAUUCGUAUCGCUUUACGUUCAUUCACUUAUUGGGCAUCAAGUAGACAAGUGGUUGUAACAUUGCAUACACCUUCAUCGAUACCAUCGAAACCACGUUCAGUACGUGUUUUUACCUAUGUAAUGAAUGAUAGUGAUAAAUUAAAUCCUAAACGAACAAAACAAGAAAAACGUUUUGCAGCUGAAGCACGAUGGUUAGAACCAGAAAAUCCAAAUGGUCUAAUUCAAAGCUAUACAAUAUCAUUAUGGACAAUGGAUACACGUAAUGUGACAAAAGUAACAUCGAUUAUUAACAAAGUAAUAUCCAAUCAAUUAUGGUAUAGACUUGAAGAUUUAAAAUCAAAUGCAACAUAUUAUUUUGAAGUACGAGCCACUACGGAUGUAGGUGAAGGACCACCAUCACAAGUUAUACAAUUUAAAACAUAUCGAUCUGAACCACCGAUGAGAUUAUUAUUAGCUGAACGUGAUUCUAUAUAUGAAGCCGAUAUGGAUCUUAAACAAAUUAUUCGACCAGUAAUCAAAUCAUUAUCACCAUCAUUGAUGGAUUAUAAUUUUGCUGAAAAUCGAUUAUAUUUUGUUGAAGAUGGAAAUUUUCUUAAAUGUAGCAAACUCAUAAACGGCAAUGAUAAUGUUGAUGAUGAUGAUGAUGAUGAUGAUGAUGAAAUUGUACGGCCAUUAAGAUCAUCGAAUCAAGUACAAAGUGGUCAAAGUGGCAACUAUACAAUAUUGGCACAUUUUUCACAAUCAAUCACAUCGAUCACAAUGGAUUGGCUUGGUAGACGUUUAUACAUAUCGACUGUUGAUUUUUUCCGCAAUCAUACCACAAUCUGGUGUUAUGUAGAAGAAACACAAUCAACACGUGUUGUAUUGACCAUAACAGGUUAUCAUAUAAACACAAUGCGCAUUGAUCCUUAUCGAUCUAUGUUAAUAUGGACACAACAACCAAUAGCAUCGAAAAUUUCGGGCAGAUUAAAUCAUGAAUCCUUAUCCUAUAUGAUUACUGCUCAUCGUUGUCGAUUGGCUAUAAAUGGCAGUGUUUGUGAUGAACAACUGAAUUACUUUCAAUCACCAAGCCGUGAUCGUCUAUGUAACUGUACACAUAGACCAAACAUAUCCGGUGCAUUUCAGCUAAUUCAUAGUUUAGAUCAAUCAACAAUGAAUGGUCAACGAAUGAUUUAUUUUGACCGUAAUGGACAAACAUUCGUAGAGAGCAUUGAUGGAUGUUAUUGUCGACGAAUAACAUCAUUUGUUGAAACGACAAAUUCUCCAGUAGCAAUCGAAUUGGAUCCAAUUUUAUCGAAGUUAUAUUGGAAAAAUGAUUCAUUCAAUGGUUUCAUUUAUAGUACAGAAUUAGAUCUGGAACAUGAUUCAGAUUUUCGUCAACCAAUCAAAAUGAUUAAUAUGGCUAAACCGAUACGUAAUAUGAUUCAAUUAUCUCGGCAACCAUAUCCAUAUAGUUUGGAAUGUUUAAUUCCACCAUCAAAUAUUCAUCUCGAUAUGAGAAUGCUUAAACAUACUUCUACUUCAUUGACAUUACAAAUAGAUUUAGAUCGUAUGACUUCUAAUGACAUACGAUCCAGUAACAAUUGUCCAUCACCAAUUAUGUCUAAUCAUCAUGAAUCAAUAGAUUGGCAGCCAAGUUUAGCUUCAAUUAGAUUUAGAAUUCGAUAUGGAAUAAAUUGCACUGAUCAAUGUACAACUAUUGAUACUUUUAAUCAAACUAUUACCAUUGAUAAUUUGGAACCAUUCAGUAAUUACAGCUUCACUGUUGAAAUGGAUAAUUUUUAUCUAGAAUUAAUUCGUAAUCGUAGCCAACAUCAAUUGGAAUUGGCAUACAAUGCAAGUCUUAUUAUACCGCCAAUAUUAAAACGUAUCGAUUAUUCGGAUUCAAUUUAUCGGCCAUAUCUUUAUUGGGAUGGAUUCAUAUUCACAACUUCAGAAUCACGUCCAGCACCAGCACGAAAUGUACAUGCAAUUGUCGAAAGUCCUGAACGAAUUCUUGUUAUAUGGGAUCGUCCUGAACGAUUAAAUGCCAAACAAGUUGUCUAUGAAGUUCGUUGUCAUUCUCAUAAUGAUAGUUUUGAUCUACAAUCAUGGAGAUUAGAUGAUAAACUUGGUGGCCAUCAUCAAUUUUCAAAUGGAUCAUAUUGGAUUCAUAUGGAUAAAAUAAAACCAGAUACCAUCUACAAUAUAACUGUUCGGGUUUAUGCUGUAGAAAAGAAUAAACAAAGUAAAGAUUUCUAUGUUGAUAAUCAUCAAUUUCAAGAUUCUGUACCAAUAACAAUUCGAUCAUUUUCAUCACCUUCUGAAUUACAAUUAAAAUAUUUGUCUGCUAGACAAAUUGAUUUGGAAUGGCAAGCACCAUCCGGUGAAUCGGUGAUUGAAUCACAUGAAAUUUGGUACAAUUCAGAAUCGGAUAUCGAUGAAAACAAACACAUUGAUCAACAUUUGAAUGAUGAAAAAAUUAAUUGGACUAAAUUUGCUAGUGAUCAUACACAACCGGAACAAAAAUAUCAAUAUCAAUUUAAAAAUUUGAAACCAUAUCAAUGGUAUAAAUUUCGAUUAGAAUUGAUUUAUCGACCAUCACGUUUACGAUAUGAAUGGCCAAGACCAUCAAAAAUUUUUCAUAUACGAACCAAUAUGACUGUUCCUGAUGGACCGGAAAAUUUGGAAAUACAAAAUGUUCAUUCGAAAAAUAAAGAUAGCAAAGAAAUUGUUGAAACAACAAAUAAUAAUGGAAUGAAUAUCUAUAAAAUGAUUUGGAAAUCUGUACGUUCGAAUUCAAAUUCACCAGUUUAUUAUCAACUAUAUAGAUGGCAAAUAUCAUCACAAGAUAAUAAUAAUCUAAUUGAUCAUAGAAUUAAUUCAUCAUUGCAAAAUCAAAUUGUCACUAAUCAACCACAACAACAACAACAACAACAUUCAUGGACACUUGUUUACAAUGGUACCGAUAAUUAUUGGAUUAUAUCUGGAUUACAAACAGGUCAACAAUAUCAUUUUCGAUUAUAUGCUUCAAACCAAUUGGGUGUUAAUCAACGUGAAUGGGCACAAACAAUACGACCAUUUUGGCUUGGUCAACCGGCUGAUAUUGAUGGUGAUAUUAAUAGUUUGAUUACAUAUCAGACAUCAUUUGGUCAUGGUGAAUCACAUUUAUUCAUUAUAAUGUUUGCUAUAUUCUGUGCCAUAGCUGUUUGUUUGGUUAUUUUUUCAGUUUGUUCAUUAAGAUUUUAUAAAUUGAAUACAAAAGAUGUUGAUUCAAAUAAUCAAUCAAUAAUAUCAUCAUCGACAAAUAGUCAUCAAAUAGAAUUGAUACCAUGGCAACAGCGGCCACAUCCACAUUUACCGAAUGCAUUAUAUGUUAAUAGUAGUGUACAGGAUAUUGAUUUAACCGAUAUCGAAGUUUUUGAUUAUCAAACCAUUACAUUGAUCAAAUCAUUGGGUAAAGGAGCAUUCGGUGAAGUACAUGAAGCAAUUCUACAUAAAACUGAACAACGUGUUGCAGUAAAAGUAUUGAAUAAAAAUUCAACAAAAGAUGAAGAUCAAUGUAAUUUUCUUAAAGAAGCUAAAUUCAUGUCCAAAUUUAAACAUCCACAUAUUCUACAAUUGUUGGGUGUUUGUCUCAAUCAUCAUUCAUCAUCGAUUGUUAUUGUAUUGGAAUUAAUGGAAGCUGGUGAUCUUUUAAAAUAUUUACGAUCAAAUCGACCUGGCAGUAAUAAUCAUUCGAAUAAACAACCAUCAACAUCAAUAUCAAGCAGUCCAUUGACUAUUGAUGAUCUAAUGUCAAUCUGUAUUGAUGUAGCUAAAGGUUGUGAAUAUUUGGAACAGAAACAAUUUGUACAUCGUGAUUUAGCAGCAAGAAAUUGUCUUGUAUCAAGUGCUGAUCGUGAAAAACGUGUUGUAAAAAUUGCCGAUUUUGGUCUAACAAGAGGUUUAUAUCAACAAAAUUAUUAUCGAAAAGAAGGUGGAUUAAUGCCAGUACGAUGGAUGUCACCGGAAUCAUUAUCGGAUGGUGUUUUUACCACACAAAGUGAUGUAUGGUCAUACAGUGUUAUCAUGUAUGAAGUGAUGACACUUGGUCAACAACCAUAUCAAGCAUAUUCAAAUAAAGAAGUAUUGGAAUUUGUUAAAUCAGGUGGUAUAUUAGAACGACCAUCGUUUUGUUCACCACAAAUGUAUUCAUUAAUGAAACAAUGUUGGAAUUAUGAAAAAGAAUUACGACCAUCUUUUGCCAUGAUAUUGAAACAUUUACAACAAUUACGGCAAACAUUAAGAAUUGAAUUUGAACAAUUGAUACAACAACAGCAACAUGCAAUGAAACAAAGAAAUCGUUUAACAACGGUGCAUAAUCAAAAUUAUCAACCAAUUAUUGAUUCAAUAAUAAUACCGAAUAGUGGAAUCAAUCCAUUUCAUCAUCAUCAAUUGGAUUUAGCAGCCUAUUGUAAUGGUCAUGUUGGUUUGAAGCAACAACAACAACAGCAGCAGCAACACCCAAUUAUUCAUCAACCAUCAUCAUCAUCAUCAUCAUCAUCAAUAGAAAGAACUGAUCCAUUAUUAUAUAGUACAAUAGGUGCAACAACAACAUCAACAGGAUAUAUUGCAACAACCAGCAAUACAACAUUGACAACACUUGAUGAUCAUAAUUCAAUGAUUGAUGAUUUAAUUCCAAUAUCAACAUCAUCAUCAACAAUGACAACAAUAACUGCUAAUAAUAAUAAUGAUGGCCUAACACGGAUAUUAUCAAUGUCUCCAACAUUAGUGUUGGAUCCACUGCCGCAAACUGCAAAACAACUGGCUAAUUUAUCGAAUAAUAAUUUUCAUAUACGAUCAACAUCAGAUAAUUAUCCAAAUAUCAAUAAGCCAAUCAUUAUGGCCAAUCAUUCUAAUCAUAAUCAUCAUCAUCAUUAUCAUCAUGAACGUAUACCAUCAAUACCAUUGACAGGAACAACUGCAUCAACAAUCUAUCUAAAAAUGGCCAAAGAAUCUAAUAAUAAAAAUCAAAAUUCUUUCCAAAUGUUUAAUGGUGGUAAUAAUCAUCAUCAUCAAUCAGAAUUGAUGGAUCAACAAGUUGAUCUUGAUGGCUACCAAUUACCUAAUAGAUGAAUCUAUUGAUCAAAAUAUUCUUUAUUGUAAUUAGUUUUUAAUUAAUAAAAAAAAAAUUGGAA